AUGAAAAAAAAAAAAACUUUACCCAGGUCUACCACCAUAAACAUCGUUUCUAACAGUAAUACGCUCCACGAAUGCGUGGGUAAUACAAUGGUAGUACAUGAGUUUGAAUUCAGCAGUUGGUUGCAAUGAUCGGUCGUAGGAACCAAUGACAAAAUUAUAUGCGUUCUUAUAUUCUUAUUGGCGUAUUGCGCAGUUUUUUCGUUUGUGAUGUAUGAGGAGGGUUUAGAAGAUGGCGAUGGUGCGUCGAUUGUUUAGCGGAACACGAACGUGAAUAAUUUUUUGUUUGUAGUUUUUGGAAGCAUGAGUAUCUUGUAGCAGUGAAUGCAGGAGGGAGGUUAGGAUCAUGUCAACGAGAUAUUCCUGUCGCUAUGAGGUGGAGUUUCCGUGGGCCACCGAGGACCCUAAAGACAAAGGUAGCGCAAAGUGCAAGAUCUGUGCGAAAAGUUUUAAGUUAGAUACUAUGGGCAGAGGUGCCUUUUUAAGCCACGCCAAAUCGAAAUUUCACCAAAAUGCGAAGUCAUGCCAAGAUAGAAAUAUGUACGUUACUGCAUUUUUUUCCACUCAUCCUGGUCAACACCAUGAAGCUGUUCCGUCUUGCAGCAAAGGUAUUGCUGCACGACAUGAACAAGCGAAUCAUGUCGAUCCUGAUCAGAAGUCAUCUGUAGAUAACUUGGUAUCAACUAUCGAUACCAGCGAGACUCCAAAUCGAAAUGUUCUUCAAAGGUUCCUUUUGGGGGAACAUAUUACGAGGGCGGAAAUUUUGUGGGCUCUUCACACUAUUGUUGGUCACACAUCACUUCGUAAAGCAGCUGAAAGUGUAUCAGUCAUGAAACUCAUGUUUCCUGACUGUGCGGUCACUCAAAAAAUGGAGUUGCAGCGUUCGAAGAUUGGUUAUCUAAUUAACCAUGGCAUAGCUCCAUAUUUUGAAAAAGAAUUGAAGGAGCUGGUAAAAAAAUCAUCUGAAAUUGUUAUUGGUUUUGAUGAAAGCCUAAACAAGGUUGUUCAGCGUGAACAAAUGGAUAUACAUGUCCGCUUCUGGGAUGAAGAACUCAACAUGGUGCAGUCUAGGUAUUUCACGUCAGUUUUCCUAAGCUCUACUCGAGCCCAAGAUCUAUUGAAGGGACUCAAGAAUGUUUUAGGACAUGAAAAUUUGAGAAAAAUUAUUCAAGUGUCCAUGGAUGGGCCCUCUGUGAACUGGAAGCUAUCUAAGGAUCUAGUUACUGAAUUGCGUGAAGAAAUAGGUCGUGAAGGUUUUGACCUAAUCAACAUUGGCAGCUGUGGGCUUCAUGUUGUACAUGGUGGUUUUAAAGAAGGAAUAAAAGUGACAGGAUGGUGUGUAGUCGGGUUCUUAAGAGCGCUUUAUUAUCACUUCAAGGAUGUUCCUCUGCGGAGAGCAGAUUUCUCAUCUUGCACAGGUUGCACUGUAUUCCCCCUUAAAUUUUGCUGUGUGAGAUGGGUGGAAAAUAAGAAAGUUGCUGAAAGAGCUUAUGAACUACUGCCACAUAUGAAGACUUAUGUUGAAGCCAUCGAAAAGCAAAUAAAGGACAAAGUGAAACCUAAAGAUUCACACUUCAAACGAAGUUUUCCUGCUCUUAAAGAAUCCCAAAAUUUCAAGAUUAUUUGUAGUGCUGUAAAGGAUGAGAUGAUGGGUGCCAAACUGGCCUUUUUCACUGCUGGAGCAUCACUUGUAGAACCCUUUCUACGAGAAUUUCAGAGUGAUGACCCAAUGGCACCAUUCUUGCAUCAAGAACUUCAGGCACUCACAACCACUGUGCUUAAGAGAGUUGUUAGAAAAGAGGUUAUCGAAAGUGCUCAAUCAAUUACAAACAUUGACUUGUCGAAAAAUGAAAACCUUCUGCUGGCAAAUCAGGUGGACAUUGGUUUUGCAGCUACAGAUGCUCUGAAGAAGGUACGAGGUCAGCUUGCUGAGAAGGUUGUGCUACAAUUUAAAAAUGACUGUAGAUCAUUUUAUGUUGGCUUCCUUCAAAAGGUUCUGCAGCGUUCUCCACUUGCAUAUAGUCUUACUAGACAAAUCUCCUGUAUCAACCCUGAGUUGAUACGUAGUAAACCAAACCUUGCUGAGAAAAGAAUUAAAGCAUGCUUGGAACUUCUAGUUGAAAAGCAACAGAUCCCGGGGUCCACCGCUGACAAGAUUCUGCAAGAAUACCAAGAAUUUAUCCAGAUAGCUUCCGUGGGAGAAGCCAUGAAGUCUUAUCAUCGCCAGAAUCAACGUCUAGAUUUGUUCUACGUGCAGGUUAUGGUGGAAUCUGGCAAAUCAUUUCCAAGUUUACUACUAUUUAUCAAGCAUUUGCUUAUUCUUUCCCAUGGAAAUGCUGCUUUGGAACGUGGUUUUUCCGUAAAUUCGGAUUGUCUGGUUGAAAAUCAAACUGAGGAUAGUCUUAUUGCACAAAGAAUUGUGUAUGAUGCUGUCAUGAAUUCUAAGGGUGUGCAACAUGUGCAAAUUACUAAAUCGCUUAUCCACUAUGCAAGGAAUUCUUGUGCGCGUUAUAAGGAGCAUCUGGAGAGUAAAAGAAAGAAGGUAGAGGCUGAAAAAAGUGAAAGGGACAAGAAAAGAGAAGCUCAAAAAAAUCUAAGGGAACUGGAGGCAAAAAAGGCGAAAAUAAUGAAUGAUGCCUUAAAAGAGGCAGCCCUCAUUGAUGAAGAAAUAAAAAAACUUUAAAUGGUUCAUGUGUGUGGAAAAGUGAGAAUUUUUGUAUCAGCGAUUUUUAUUUAAAUAAAAUAACACUUUAUAUCAAGAACACUUCAAAAUACUUCAAAAUGUUUUUGUAAUUUGUUCACUGAUUGGUGAGUAUUCUUGGUUUUAAUAAAUUCUUAAAGUGAUUAUUGUUAUAGUGUCCUUGAUGUCGGUAAACAACAUUAAUCAAAACAAUUGAAAAACCAUUUCAAAAUAUAUUUUUUUGCCACAUAUAUGUCAAUUUUUUUAAACCUGGAAAAUCUUAAGAAAACCUGGAAAAAUCUGGAAAAAGUCUGGAAUUUGGUUUUAAUAAUAGAGUGGCCACCCUGACUAAAGCUGACUGAUGAGCAAGGCCAUGUAGCUGAAGGAAAUGGCAGGUGCGUGAUCUCUCCACCCAAUCACAGCACAGCAUCCGCAAAAACAUUUCUAAUACUCGCAAUGAGGCUAUACUUGCAAAAUAACAAGAAAAAAUCACGUCUGGUGACAUCAUAUUUAACCAAUCGCAAAAAUACAUUAAAAAACAUUGGCCAAUCAUGGCACAUGGCAACAGCACUUCGACUUACUCCAGAGGCCUUCCUUACAGCUACUGAGCACAAUGUAUUUCUAACUAUUACGCACCGGGAAAACAUUGCACCUGCUUUUUCAAAUGAAAAACCAUGGCAAAAAAAAAUUCAAAUGAAAAUUACAUUAACACACAUUUACGAAUAAAGAAGAAACAGCAACACUUAAAAAUGUAUAUUAAAAAACACAAAAACAUGUGCACAGAUAAACAAAACAGGUAAAAGGAACAUCUAGGGGCUUAUUCACUAUAAAGUGAGCUAAUCAUCAGAACACCUUAAAAACCAUGAAACAAUGUAAAUAUGGGCCUAACACAUAUGGCAAACACAUAAAUACUUCUUAGAAAAAACUAAAAAGCCAUUGUUUAAAUAUUAGCAAAACAUAAUAGUACAGAAUAUGUGACUACAUAAUAAAUUGUUGCUUAAACCAUUUAACAGGUGGGGAAGGCAGUUAUGUCCGUAUGUGAUGCGCCAUUUGAGGAUUUGCGAGAGAUGAUGGGCAUUGUCCUCUCACAUCCAAGAACAGAUGAUCAUGUCUUCCAGGUAGGCUGCGGCAAACUUGCCGAAGUACCAGUCCAGGAUGCAGACCAUUUUGGUCUGGAAUGUCGUGGGGGCGUCCAUUAGGGUGAACAACAUCGCACAGAAAUAGAGGCUGUCAUGUGACGUAAUGCCUAUAGGCAUAAGGACGGGGUGGGACGCCAUAGCAUGGCAAGGAUUGAGAACGGGUAUUUGUAACACAACAACAAAUUAGAACAAUAAUAAAGUUUUAAUAGAACCAAACAAAAAAA